UCGGGGAAGGAGGAGGGGCUGCUCCCUCCCAGGAUUUUAUCUUGGGAAUAGAAUUGUAAUCCUUGACUUUAAUGCUUGGUGGGAGUAAGCGAUAAUUCUUUGACACGGGAAUUUAAAACCAAAUCUACAAGGGGAAUUUCUUGUCCGAAACAAGGAGACCCAGUGAAAUGUCUGUCACUGGAGCUAGACUGCUGGUAUUUCUCUACAUUUUCUUACUGCUUUCUUUAACUGCCUCGUGGGGUGGGGGUGGGGGGAUCUGCACACUUGACUGAUGUUGAAAGUUACACGGUGUGCAAGGCAGAAUGGCAGGUGCGGGGAUUACUUAGGGCUGAUACUGUUAACAGUUUCCCUUUAUUUGGGGGGCCAAGUUUUGUGAGGAUGCUGCUCACUGUGGACAUGGAAGGUGAGAGCCAGCAGUCGUUCAUUUUGACUGGCCUUAGGGGAGUCAACCCUGGCAUCUGACUUCUCACUCUGACGUGGGCACCCUGCUUCCCACAGGGUUAGCCUUUGCACGUUGCAAACUACUUUUCCCGCAAGUUCACUCCUCUGGGGACAGAUAUCACCGGAGUGUUUCCCUGCCGGUUGUUUAGACAGAGACAUCAGGUGGGUUUGUAGAGAAAUGAAGCAUCAUUUCUUCUCCCCAUGCACCUGCAUUCCUGACCAUCAUUGUAGACUGUAUGGUCCAAAAGGUCCUCAAGGAAUGCUAACCCUUGCCCCUGCUUCCAGAUGCCCCUUUCCUUUGGAACCCUGUCAGUCAGUUCUCACUUCAGUGGUUAUGCGUGUCAGCAGGUGGGAACGACAGCCAACCAGCACGAGACCUGGAAUCCAUCUCUCAUGGUCAAAGCUUUCCCUCAGGUCUCGGCCUUGAUGUCAUGUCCUUGUCAGUCUCAUGAUUAAGGACGAUGAUCUCUUUUCAUCUAGCGCUGACGAAGCUUGCUGGGGUUUGCGCUGCAACAGAGGCAGCCUGUUUGGAUGUGACACUGGGGUUGGCACACCUCUAUGAUUAGGGUCUCCGUUCUCUGCCAGAGCAGGAAGCCGGGUACUGAGGGCAAAUAGGAGAUAACUAGUAUAGCAUGAUGUUUGAGUGCAUCCCUUCGAGUCGGACUGCUUGGGUUUGAAUCCCGUUUUACUACUUCUUAGCUGUGUGCCCUUGAACAUGUUGCUUAUCCUCUCCGGGCCUUAGUUUGCUUAUUUAUAAAAUGGGAAUACAAAUAAUAUCUCCCCCUAGAACGAUGUGAGCCUUAAAUGAGUCAAUAUAAGAAAGUACUUACAAGAGUGUUUCUGUAGCUGAAGUGUGUUAGUUUUCACUGGUGACUCUAUUUUCAUUGCAUAUAAAUUGAAAAUGCUGUGCUGGGAGCUAUUUGAAAGAGCCCUGUGAAGGAUUAGAUUCUCAGUAAAGAAUGCUUUCUCCUCUUGCUGUACUGUAACCCGGCUUUGGGGGUAUGGGAUGCACAUCUUAAAGAGAGGUGCACACAUGUUCCUAGGACACUUGAGCUGGUGGGGACGCGGGCUGCACAGUGCCCAGCAUCAGCCUUCUAGCUCCGCUUUAUUCUCCACAGAAACCUGCUACCUGCCUUUCCCGCUCUUCUCCAGUUUUUCUGCCUUGAGGGCUCUCGAUAGUUAAGGAGGCAGUAUUCCCAGGUCUCUUUCCUAUCCUCUAGUCUCUGAUUCCUGCUCUGGGCUCUGAUUUCUCCUUUCCAAGCUCCACCUUCUUCUCCCCCACUGGAAGCGUCUGGGCUGUCCUGACACCGCCAUCUUUCAUUUACCCCCUUUUACUUCUCCCCUCGUGGGUUGGACCGGGAGACAGCUGCAGCCACAAAGGAGAAACACACAUGAAAAUACGUGUUAGCUGAUUUCCUUCUUUUCUGUUGCUUGCCUGUGUCUUGGAGCAGGGCUCCCCUGGCUGCUUAGUGCUCACACCCAGCAGUUGCUUUAUUAAUAGGUCAGCCGUUAUCCCCUUGCUGCCAUUUACACCUGUGUUGGCUGGCUUCACUCCGGGAAGUGCCUGAGCUGGAGGACCGGAGAAUGACUUUAGGGAGCCACAGCCUCCAAAGGAGCAUUACUGGAACUUCAGCGGCUCCAGAGAUCGGGGUGACAGGGAGGUUGCUGGCCGAGGUGCCUUUAAGGUGCUCAGAUGACUGGCUUCAGGGCAUCUUAAAGGCACCUCAGGAAUUAGGCCUGUUGGGGGUAGGGGUGAGUGUGGGCGUACAUGCUUUUCUUUGUUUCUUUCAUUCUUUGAUAUUUUGAGUGGGUCUGGAACAGACCAAUUCCCAUGUGUACCUCCAUGUAUCAUGGAGCGUUUUUUUGCGUGUGUUCAUAAAUGCAAAUUUACCUCUUUCUGUGUAGUAAUACUUAACUGCAUUAUCUGCAUAUGCCAGCCUCCCCCUGAUGCCCAUUUGUGCUGUUUCCAGUUUUCCAUCAUCAUAGACAAUGCUGCAGGGAGCAUGCUCGCGUGUACGCCUUUGCCUGUUUGCACAGAAAUCAUAGGAGGAAAGAUAGACACAUCUGAAAUGUUUGUCAGCAUUACUGGUUUAUUCUCCUAAAAACUUCUACGUUGUUAGCUAUUUUUAAUACUUCAAAGCACAUGAGUGGAAAUUGGGCAUUAUCAACUAUAGCUGCAGAACUUGGCUAUUUCAUGCCUAUCAGUCACAUAGCAGGAGGUAAUUGGCAGUUUUAUGACUUUUCAUACAUGAAAAAAGAUACUACUAAUGAAAUACAUUUUAAUAGGCUGUAUAUUCCAAAAAUAUUGGGUAUAUUUAGAACAUACCGUGGAAGACCUUGUUCAUGAAAAGGCUGGGAACCACUGACCUUCUACCUUCGAACCACCAAUGCUCUCUCCACUGACCUUCUAGACCACCUCUUAGGAUUAGAUUAGAGAGUGUAGUCAUACUUAUCACAUGAUUGCCGUGACCAGGUGCUGACAAGAGCUGGUGGCUGGAACUGAUGGGGCUGUCAUGAAACCAGGAGUCCGGUCAGAGCCCUGACUUGACCUUCUGUAGAACUGUGGGCCGAGCUGUUCACUUGCCUGGGUCUGAGUGUUUCUGUUUAUAGGAGGGAGGUUAUCAACCCCUCCAUUCCUCUAAUUAUGUUCAUGAGGGAGAAUAAAUUUAAGAUUGAGAAAGGGAGGGGCACGUGGGUGACUCAGUCGGCUAAGCAUCUAACUCUUGAUUUUGGCUCAGAUCAUGAUCUCACAGUUCACGGGUUUGAGUCCCGCAUUGGGCUCCAUGCUGAUGGUGCGGAGCCUGCUUGGGAUUCUGUCUCCCUCUCUCUCUGCCCUUCCCCUGCUCUCUCUCUCUCUUUCAAAAUAAAUAAGUAAACAUUAAAAAACAAUUUAAAAAGAGAUUAAGAAAGCAAAUUAAACCUUAUGUAAAGAAGGUAGGCGAGAAUUUUCAGCAUUGAAACAGCUUUCCAUUAUAUGUCCAGGGGUAUGUUUCACUGUCCCUGAAAUUAAUCAGCUUGAACUAUCUACUCUUCAAAUUAAGGUGGUAGUGGUUUUGUUUUGUAACCAGCCGGACAGAAGGUUCCUAAUUUUGUCAAUGUGGCAAUCUGAGAUAGGAAGUGUGGCUUCCUUUCAGAAACUAAGAAGUCCUGGAAAAUGAGAAGCCCAGUGGUGGGAGGUGUGGUGCCUAGGGGAGUCUUUAGAGACCCCUGUUUUCUUUUGCUCUUAGCAUUCUCUGACUGGUUAGGUAAACAUUCAGCAGCUGGCCCCCUGUUUAGCUUCAGAGCAGCUCCCAAGUAUCAGUUCAUGUUCAGCUUUAGGGAGGGUGAGAGGACCUUAGGGGGAAGCGCCUAAUGGGCUGGAAGUUGUGGACAAAGCAGGCCCAGAAGUGCAGGUAAUGAGGCAAAUCACGGGGGAUUGAGAAGAGCAUCGCGCUGAGCUGGAGAAAGUGAAGACUCGGGAGAAUUUUACUACUGAAACCCGAGGCAGCAGCUUCCGGGCAGACCUGUUAGGGGAUCAGAGAUCGGGGAUUCACAUCAGCUAAGUCUGCAGGGUGGUGUUUUUGCCUGGCUUUGUGCUCCCUAUUUGUACAGAGAUGAAAAUCAUUUGUGUUGCUCAUUACCUACCUUGGAGGAGCCCCUGCUCAGGCCCAGGCAUUUUCCCUGUGCACACGGGUAAAGGACUAAAGGCCAAGUCCCCUAACCCCUCAUCUGGGCAUCUACUCCUCCCUGACCCCUUGGGCCACUCUUUGAUUUCUGGGUACUUCUUGCCAAACACCCUAAGGAAACGCUCUUCCUUCUGUGGUCUUCCUCUACCCAGGCCCUUCUGCCCACUUCUCCCCUGAGAUCUGUUGAAAAUGACUUUCCUGUGCAAGUAGCCCAGUUUCACUGAAUUGUUUCUUAGCCUUAUAGGGUCACCUUGUCUCAGAACAGAGAAGCAGCAGCGACCUGCAGGGCACCUUCUGGAAAACAGUGCUGGGAAGUGCAGAGGGGAGGCAGUUCUUUCCCUUUCCCAGCCCUGGGCAGGGCCUCCCCUCACAAGAGCCUGUAGAGCCCAAGUCCUACAUGACCUCAGUUUGGGUCCUGGCCCAGGAGAGUGGCUGGCAGCAGUGGAGGCCCAUCUCCUGCCGCUCCUCUGUGGCAGGAUGGGCCGGGUGGCCGGGGUGCAGGCGCAGCCAGGCCCCGCGAGCAAGCUGCUCAGGAAGCUCCAGCUCUGUUGGGUCUGUUCUAGGAGCCAGCCCAGCUCUGCACUGGAGACUCUCCAGACACAAGGCGUGUCUCCACAGCCGGAUCAACCUUGGGUUACCCGACAUGGUUACGUGAAGGAAGCAUGGGCCUCUUACAUGACCAACUCCCCAACGCUCAUUGUUAUGAUUGGCCUGCCAGCCCGGGGCAAAACCUACGUGUCCAAGAAACUCACACGCUACCUCAACUGGAUUGGAGUGCCCACCAAAGUGUUUAAUCUUGGGGUAUAUCGGCGUGAAGCAGUCAAGUCCUAUAAGUCAUAUGACUUCUUCCGGCAUGACAACGAGGAGGCCAUGAAGAUCCGCAAACAGUGCGCUCUGGUGGCACUGCAAGAUGUGAAGGCAUAUCUUACGGAGGAGAGCGGGCAGAUAGCGGUGUUCGAUGCCACCAAUACCACUAGGGAGAGGCGGGACAUGAUUCUGAACUUUGCCAAGGAGAAUUCCUUCAAGGUAUUCUUUGUGGAAUCUGUCUGUGAUGAUCCUGAUGUCAUUGCUGCCAACAUCCUGGAGGUAAAGGUGUCGAGCCCUGACUACCCUGAAAGGAACAGGGAGAAUGUGAUGGAGGACUUCCUAAAGAGGAUCGAGUGCUACAAAGUCACCUAUCGGCCCCUUGACCCAGACAGCUAUGACAAGGAUCUUUCUUUCAUCAAGGUGAUAAAUGUGGGCCAGCGAUUUUUAGUGAACAGAGUCCAGGACUACAUCCAGAGCAAAAUAGUCUACUACCUCAUGAAUAUCCACGUGCAGCCUCGCACCAUUUACCUUUGCCGGCACGGAGAGAGUGAAUUCAACCUCUUGGGGAAGAUUGGGGGCGACUCUGGCCUCUCGGCACGGGGAAAGCAGUUUGCCCAGGCUCUAAGGAAGUUUCUGGGGGAACAGGAGAUAGCAGACCUCAAAGUGUGGACAAGCCAGCUGAAGAGGACUAUCCAGACUGCUGAGUCCCUGGGUGUAACAUAUGAGCAGUGGAAGAUUCUGAAUGAGAUUGAUGCUGGUGUGUGCGAGGAGAUGACGUACGCAGAGAUUGAGAAGCAGUACCCAGAGGAGUUUGCACUUCGGGACCAAGAGAAAUACCUGUAUCGAUACCCUGGCGGGGAGUCGUACCAGGACCUGGUGCAGCGGCUGGAGCCUGUCAUCAUGGAGCUGGAGCGUCAGGGCAACGUCCUCGUCAUCUCCCACCAGGCUGUCAUGCGCUGCCUCCUGGCCUACUUCUUGGAUAAGGGUGCAGAUGAGCUACCGUACCUGAGGUGUCCUCUCCAUACCAUCUUCCAGCUUACUCCCGUGGCCUACGGAUGCAAAGUGGAAACAAUUAAACUCAACGUGGAGGCUGUGAACACUCAUCGCGACAAGCCAACUAACAACUUCCCCAAGAACCAAACCCCUGUAAGGAUGAGAAGGAACAGCUUUACGCCUCUGUCCAGUUCGAAUACAAUAAGGCGUCCAAGAAAUUACAGUGUUGGGAGCCGGCCCCUCAAGCCCCUCAGCCCUCUCCGUGCCCUGGACACGCAAGAAGGGGCCGACCAGCCGAAGACCCAAGUCAGCAUUCCGGCGGAGUCCAUGCUGGCUGUGCACAGGCACUUGUCUUCCACGAUGUCCCUCACGUCGCAAUCCUGAUGACGAGAAGUUUGAGAGGCCAGACUUCUCCAGGAUCAACUAUAAAGCUUGGGAUGUCAGCUCCACAGGGGCUUGAUCAGGAAGUUGAGCGGGGAUCGGACGUUGAGAUCCCCCAAAAUGAGGCCUGGAAAAACAUCACAUUUCUUCCCCUCAUGCCUAAUGGAAUUUCUGCUACACUGAAGAACUUCACUUCCCUGUGCCUCAAAAUAUCUAACAGCCUGAGUCCAUUAGUUUUUAUUAUCUCCUUGCUGGGUGUGACCUCAGUUGGUCAAUCUUGUUCCGUUUGGGCAUUUAACUUCCUACCUGCAAUUGUAUCCCUGGCUGGCUGUUCUUUCCUGAAAUGCACACGUACCUCUUAGGAUUUAAUUGUUUCCAAGUGAGCGGGCUGUGCUACGCAAGCCUUUUCUCUGCUCUAAGAGCUGGUCUCUCCAUCCGUUCCCGGCGAACGGGCUAGAGUACGACAUACCUAUGCGAGCAGUCCCUUUGUCACAUUGGAAACAAGAGACACAUUCACCAGGUGAAUAGAGAGGGUAUCUGAGAAAUUCAGUCCCUGAAACGUCUCUACUGUGGUGAUGGAGAAGCAGCGUCAGCUGCCUUUUCGUUUAGAGAAGGUUUUCUUGUUCCAGGCCCCGUAAGGGCAGGAUCUGACUGCAAGGCUCCCCAGAAUGCAUACCCAUCUUCUAACUUCCCUUUUCAUUUUCUACCUGUAUUUUCUAGCUGAUGCUGGGUCCUCUCAUAGCUGCAGAGGGAUAAUACCGUUCCCCAGUGGGUGGGAAUGAAGACGAGAAAGAAAAGUAGGGCACCAUUUGCAUUACCUGAAGAAGUAAAGAAGGUUCCUUGGGAAUCAACUCUACCAGGGAGUUCUGGCUUCAAAACAAGUGUAGGGGGACGUGACUUUCUGUGGGGUCUGUCACCGUGAUGUGGUCUCUAAGCUGCCGCUGUGACUUCAAGAGCAGUCUUCUGAUGCCUGCCUCUUAGCUAAUUGUCACUAUCGGGGUCUACUGAUCUGGUCUCUUAGGUAAAACGCGGCAGGGGAGGGGCAGGGAACAAAGGGGAACCACGUCCUUGAUGUAUCCAUCAUUUGGUUUCCCUUAAAGAUAAGCCAGGUAAUCAUUAACUAGAUCAGUGGUUGUCAAAUGUACAAAUAUCUUUGUCAGUGUGAUUUUAAUCUGUCACCACUCCGAAGGAGGCUAUGGAAGCUCCAAGGGAUAAAUAUCUUACAUGCAACCCCCCACCUUUUUUUUUUUUUU